AUGGCAUACAUUCUAUUAUAUGUUGAUGAUAUAAUUCUCACUGCUUCUUCUGAUGCUCUCCGUUGCACUUUUGUGAACCAUCUUAGCUCUGAGUUUGCUAUGAAGGAUCUCGGCCCUCUGAAUUAUUUUUUGGGUAUUGCUGUGACCCGGAAUAAAAAUGUUAUGUUCUUAUCUCAACGGAAAUAUGCCGAGGAGAUAAUUGAACGAGCAGGGAUGUCUUCUUGUAAACCUUCUGCUACUCCGGUUGAUACAAAGCCUAAGGUUAGUGCUACUUCUAGUACUACAUUUGAUGAUCACACUCUUUAUCGGAGUCUUGCAGGGGCUCUCCAGUACCUUACUUUUACUAGGCCGGAUAUCUCGUAUGUUGUUCAGCAAGUGUGUUUGCAUAUGCAUGAUCCCAGGGUAGACCAUAUGUCUGCUCUAAAACGGAUUAUUCGGUACAUUAAGGGUACAUUGGAUUAUGGUCUACAUUUAUACCCAUCUUCUUUCUCUACUCUGGUGUCAUACACGAAUGCAGAUUGGGGUGGGUGCCCUGACACUCGACGGUCUACUUCGGGUUAUUGUGUUUUUUUGGGUGAUAAUUUGGUGUCGUGGUCGUCGAAGCGACAACCCACAUUGUCAAAAUCUAGCUCCGAAGCAGAGUAUCGUGGGGUGGCUAAUGUUGUAUCCGAAUCCUGUUGGCUUCGAAAUCUUUUAUUAGAGCUACAUUGUCCGAUUAAAAAGGCUACUCUUGUUUAUUGCGACAAUGUCAGUGCUAUUUAUUUAUCAGGGAAUCCGGUACAACAUCAACGGACGAAACAUAUUGAGAUGGAUAUUCAUUUUUUCAGGAAGAAAGUUGCUCGGGGAGAAGUUCGUGUGCUUCAUGUGCCUUCUAGACAUCAAAUUGCAGAUAUUUUUACUAAGGGCCUUCCACGAGUUUUGUUUAAUGAUUUUAGGGACAGUCUCAACGUCCGUUGCUCUCCCGCUUCGACUGUGGGGGUGUGUUAA